CCUCCGGAAGUCCGGAUUCAAAAAUCCCUACCCCAAAAUCCAAAAAAAAAAGGGAGGAAAAAAAGGACCUCUCGAUCUAGGGAUCCCCUUCCCCUCCUCCUCCCCCUCCCCCAAAACCCUAGGCCAGCCUAGCGGCGGAGCUCAUGGCCGACGACCACUACUCCUCCGCGUCAUCCGCCUCGUCGGCGGCGGCGGCAGCGGCGGCGGCGGCGGCGGUGGGGUCCUCGGUGAUCCCUAUCGUGAACAAGCUGCAGGACAUCUUCGCGCAGCUGGGGAGCAGCUCCACGAUCGACCUGCCGCAGGUGGCCGUCGUGGGGAGCCAGAGCAGCGGCAAGUCCAGCGUCCUCGAGGCGCUCGUCGGCCGCGACUUCCUACCGCGGGGCUCCGACAUCUGCACGCGCCGCCCCCUCGUGCUCCAGCUCGUGCACCAGCCGCGCCGCCCAGCCGACGCCGAGGCCGACGAGUGGGGCGAGUUCCUGCACCUCUCGGGGCGACGCUUCUACGACUUCCGCGAAAUCCGACGCGAGAUCCAGGCAGAAACAGACAGGGAGGCAGGUGGUAACAAGGGUGUAUCAGAUAGGCAGAUACGUCUGAAGAUUUUUUCACCAAAUGUUCUAAACAUUACUUUGGUCGAUUUGCCUGGAAUCACUAAGGUGCCAGUCGGUGACCAACCAACUGAUAUUGAGGCCAGAAUAAGGACUAUGAUAAUGUCAUACAUCAGGCACAAGACAUGUAUCAUCUUAGCUGUUUCACCAGCAAAUGCAGAUUUAGCAAAUUCUGAUGCUCUUCAAAUGGCUCGAGUCGCUGAUCCUGAUGGUUCUCGAACAAUCGGUGUUAUCACAAAGUUGGACAUAAUGGACAGGGGCACUGAUGCCCGCAACUUUCUGCUAGGAAAUGUGAUUCCCUUGAAACUCGGUUAUGUUGGCGUGGUAAACCGCAGCCAGCAGGAUAUCAACUCAGACCUCAGUAUCAAGGAUGCUCUGGCUCGUGAAGAAAAAUUCUUCCGUACUCAGCCGGCAUACCAUGGUCUUGCUCAGUACUGUGGGAUACCACAAUUAGCAAAGAAGUUAAACCUGAUUUUGGUCCAACAUAUAAGGACGGUUCUGCCGGGACUUAAGUCACGCAUAAGCAGUCAAUUGACAGCUGUUGCUAAGGAGCUUGCCGUGUAUGGUGAUCCAGUUGACUCGAAGGCUGGGCAAGGUGCUAAGCUUUUGAACAUUCUGGCUAAAUACUGUGAAGCUUUCUCCUCGAUGGUGGAAGGAAAAAAUGAAGAUAUAUCAACAGUUGAACUUUCUGGUGGAGCAAGAGUCCAUUACAUUUUCCAGUCUAUCUUUGUCAAAAGCUUAGAGGAGGUUGACCCUUGUGAGGACGUUACCGACGAAGAUAUCCGCAUGGCUAUACAAAAUGCAACUGGUCCUAGAAGUGCUCUAUUUGUACCUGAAGUACCAUUUGAAGUCCUUGUACGCAGGCAGAUCAGCAGAUUGCUUGAUCCAAGUCUUCAGUGUGCAAAGUUCAUAUAUGAUGAACUAGUAAAGAUGAGCCAUCGCUGUCUUGCAGCGGAGCUGCAGCAGUUUCCUAUACUCCGCAGAAGCAUGGAUGAAGUAAUUGGCAAGUUUUUGCGGGAUGGGCUUAAGCCAGCAGAAAGUAUGAUAGCACACAUUAUUGAGAUGGAGGAGGAUUACAUAAACACAUCACACCCAAAUUUCAUCGGUGGUAGCAAGGCUGUCGAGCAAGCACAGCAGCAAGUUAGGUCUGCUAAAUUGUCGGCAGCGGUAGUCAGAAAGGAUGGAGUAGAUGCUGAUAAGGUACAGACUUCUGAGAAAACUCACAAAUCACGCGGGAUAUUGGGUAGAAGUGGUGUAAAUGGAGUAGUUACUGACCACAUCCAGGGGGUAAGGCCUGCUUCUGAGGCUGAUAGACCAGGAUCUUCUGGUAGUGGAGGCUCAUCUUUCUGGGUGAACAUAUUUACUUCCAACGAGGACCGAACACAUGCUUCUGCAAAAGAUGUCUCGAUAAACAAGUCUUAUGCUGUGCCUACUCCUAACCUGGAAUAUUCAUUGUCUACGAUACAGCUUAGAGAGCCACCAGUCGUCCUGAAGCCUUCAGAGCACCAGUCUGAGCAGGAGGCCCUUGAAAUAGCAAUAACAAAAUUGCUAUUGAAGUCGUAUUACAAUAUAGUCAGGAAAAAUGUCGAGGACUUUAUACCAAAAGCAAUUAUGCAUUUCCUGGUUAACCACACAAAAAGGGCACUGCAUAAUUACCUUAUAACUAAACUAUAUAGAGAAGAUCUCUUGGAGGACUUGCUCAAAGAACCUGAUGAAAUAACCAUAAAGAGGAAGCAGAUACGUGAAAAUCUCAAGGUCCUUCAGCAAGCGUACAAAACUUUGGACGAGAUACCACUUGAUGCGGAGGCAGUCGAGAGGGGCGGCUAUUCCCUCGACUCUGACGUGAUUGGCCUACCAAGGGCCCAUGGGCUUUCUUCAUCCCUCCACUCAUUCAAUGAUGGAAGCUCACCAUAUUCAACCCCGAAGCAGUCAAGGUCAAGGAGAUCAAACCAUUCUGGGGAGCAGCCCCCUUUGAACCCCAAUACGAGUGGCAACGGUUUUUGAUGCCACCUUUGACGACUGCCGCCUAGAUUGGUGAUUGAACCAACCGAUGUGCUGUAAGCACACAUACUGCAUCAAGUUUGUUGGCACCCAUAGAUAUAUGUUUUUUCUAGCUAUAUUCUUUGUAGUGCUGCGCGGAUGAAGCCUGACAUGGUGCAAGUUUUGCCAUUUAGCCUUUUGUACAGUAUAUCUUUGCCCAAUCCUUUCGUCUUAAAAUGACAUCGGUGAUGGGUAUAGUUUUGUUCGGACCCAAGGAAGAAGCAGUUGGAAUCUGCUAGGUGUAGUAGUGUCGAGCGUCUGAGAUCUUACCACGGGUAUGCCGUGCAAAAAAUAUGACAUGGCUGGUAUGGUGGUGCAAAAAGUUGUGGCAUGAAAUUGUUUCCAUUUUCCGUUA